UUAUCAAUAGUAGCAUGCUGUUGAAGAGAAAGAAUAAGCCUAACAAAAAUUUUUCUAUUGCAAUUUUAAGUUGUAAUUAUUCAAAAACAUUUUGAAUGAUUUUAAUCAACCGAUUAGAAAUAUUGAUAUGUUUGAUUCGUUGGAUUUAAUAACCAGAACUGUGUUCGGGGCUAUAAUAUUUCAUCAUAUAAUUAACAUUUAAAAACAUACUUAAUAAUAACAUUACUGAACAAAUAGAGAAGUUGUGAAUUUUACUGAGCAUUAAACUGAAUCGGAAAUGCAAAAAAGUCAAUUAUUCUCCUUCAUAAUUUUUUUAUAACAGUGGAAAAAUUUGAUAUACUGAAAGAUUAUUGAAAUAUUGGAACAUCUGCGUGUAAUCAAAUUAGAAAAAAAUUACUUUUUAAAAAAAUGGAAAAUUGCAAAAAAAACAGAGGACCAUGGACUAAAAUUAUUUUAGAUGAAAUAGCUUUAGAAGGUUUGGAAGGAAUCACAAUUGAUGGACUUUGGUUCAGAUUCGAGCAAGCUCUACAUCUUCCCUAUGAAACUCCAGAUAAUUUUAAACUAUUAAUAUGGCAAUUUUUAAAAAAGCAAAAUGAAAGCCUUAUCGAAUUUUUUAUAUUACCUGUAGCAAAAGCCAAAAUAAAAAAUUGUCGCCGCUCAGAUUUCGUUGAUCCAGAACUAGGUUUUCCAGUUUUGCCUGAUGAAUGUCCAUUCGAUAGAUCUGUUUAUAAGAAUAUAAAUGAAGGCAAUAUUCGUGGUUCUUGUGAACACUUUUAUGAACGUAAAAAGAUUCCAGUUGAAGCACUUUUCGACAUGUCUUUAGAAGAAAUAAAAAACAAAUAUGGAGAUACGUUAGUUAUCGUUGCAAGUCAAGAAUACCGUGAAAGUGUUCUUUUUCCAGAAUAUACUCAAAAAGUUACUGACGUUACCGCGGUGCAAUACUGUGUUUUAGAAGCCAUUGGACGAAGUCGGUUUAAUGGCGAAGUUACUAGUGGAAAGCAUUCUAUUAGCACAUAUAUAAAAGAAUAUCUUGAUAUUUUUUAUGCAAAACUAAAAUUGACAUCUCAUCAGUUGAUUAUAAAACAACCGUACAUGGAAAGAGUCCAAGGAAGGAUAUCAAGCGGUUACCUUUUAACUCUUACCAGAUUUUAUAGAAUAUAUAAAACUAGACCUGUAAUUAUAAUUGAAACUUUAUAUAAUGUACUUAAAAUGCAUCCAACAAAGACUGUUCAUUUAGAUACUUUGAAAAAAGGUCCACCAUUCGAUGGAAUCAGUUUCAAAAAACUAACAAAAUUACCCAUUUUCACAAAACACUUUGAACUUGUUCGUGUUCCGCAAAAAGAUGUUGAUAUUGAUAUGAGUAAGCCAAAAAGUAAACGAGCUCGUACUGACACUAUGGUGUUGGUCGUAAAGUUUAAAAAUGAAAAUAUGGCUUUGGAAGAUAUCUUUGAUUCUGCGAACAAUGAAACAUCAGAGGCUGAAAAUAUAGAAUUUCUAAGUGAAAAGCAUUGUUUUUUGGAUAUGUCUUUCCAAGAACAAGUUUAUCGUUUUAUAGCAAAACAUGGUUCCACGGGCUGCAGUCAAAUGCAGAUAACACGUUAUACGGCAACUAAUAAAUAUUCCGUAAGGCAACUACUUAGAGCUUUUUUGAAAAAAGGAUAUAUAAAAGAAUAUUCAACAGAUGUUGGAAGACAGCGAGUUGUGAUGUACGUUACUUUUGACAAUGCGAAGAACAUGUCAAAAAUUAAAGCGCCUUCUGCUCAAGAGAUCAGAGAGGAUUUAAAAAUUGAUGAAGAGGAUUUGGUUUCAAUGAUGAAUUCACCCGAAAAACUUGAACACUUUGAAGGAGAAGGACAACCAGAUAAACUUAAAUUAGAUAAAUUAAAUCAAGUUAUGUCUAUAUUAAAAGAGACAAACACUCCCUAUCACUUCGUUGAAAAUAAAAUAAUUUGCGACCCCAGGACCGCUCGACAUAAUCAAAGGAUAAAAUUAAUUCUUGAUGUAUUGAGUAAAAGCUUUUUUGUGGAGAAAAAUAUUUUACGUAAACAUAUUAUGUCUGAAGAGCAGAAGCUUGGCUACAAAGAUCAAAUUUGCUCAAAAUCGCUGUACCGAAUAAUAAGAUGGCUCAAAAGUAAAAAUAUGGCUAGAUUUUAUGAGUUAUCAUUGAAAUAUAAUAAAUAUGUAAAAAUUAUAUAUUAUGCGGCCCACAUAAAACUGGAACCUCAUUUUAGAAUCUUACAGAGUGAAAUUUUAAAACAAAAAAAUAUUUUAUUAACAACACUGGAAGAACGCGAAAUAAGACAGCAGCAAACUAAAUCUAGCCAGAAAAAAGUUCAUACACCAGUUAUUCCUUACAAAGUUGUGCGAGAAACAUUUUCGAAAUCUCCAAAAUUCUUAACAGCAAGAUUUGUCCAUGAAUUCGUUCAUUUUUUGGUGUAUGAGCAAGAUCGAAAUGCGGGUCCGAUUAAAGAAUAUGAUAAAAUCAAAGAAGUACUUACAAAAUCUUCACCAAAUUAUAAUUUAAAUAAUUUAGAUAAUGAUCUUUCAGUUGGUUGUUAUGAUAAUAGUUUGAGUUGGAAAAUGUUUAUACAACCUUUACCUAUAUACAAAGAAAAACCAACUGGAUGGGCGUAUCUAAUGGAUAUAUAUUUAAGACUUCCUUUAUCAAUAAUCGUUAAAAUGUAUCAGAUUAGUAAAUAUUGUCAUCCAUUAUUUGCGGAAUAUGUAAAUGAUCCAGUCAAACAACAUUAUUUAGUUACACAAUUGCCAAAAGAAUUACAGGAGUAUUUGAAUAAUUUUCGUGUCAGUCGAUCGCUAAUUCAGGUAUUAAAAAAUAUAAAUUGGAUUGGCUUAAUUCAAGUAGGACAUCGUGAAUUAAAAGAUUCACGAGAAUGCUGGUUAUAUGUUAACCGAAAAGCAAAAAUAUUAGACACAACAAUUUCAGAUACUGGGUAUCGUUACAUAUCUUCGGAUAAAAUAUAUAGUGAAGUAAACUUCACUUUUAAUACACCUUCAGAUGUACAAAAUUAUUGGAAUACAUUAUAUAAAAUUUGUCUAUCCACUAAAUUAGGAGCGAAAAUGGAAUCGGAAAAUUUAAAAAAAAGAUUUGACGUAGAUUUUUUGGGUCCAGUAGAAUUUGAUGAAGCAAUCAAGAAAGAUGUUGGUUAUAUACCGGGAGACAACAAGGGAGCGUCAGGGAUCGAUUCCAACUUAUUUUCUCAUUUACAAAGGAAUUGGUCUUGGAGGGCUAUAAAAAAGAAUACAAUCAAAACAACCACAAGAGCAAACAAAAUACGUUUUUCUUCUCAAGCAGCGAAAAUGGUAAACGACAAGCCCAUAAAAUUAAAACCUACUCAGAAUAUGCUUAAACUAAGAUCAAAAAGACUCAUUUUGAAAAAACAAAUAAAACAAAUAAAACAUACAGCAAAAAAAAAAGGUGAAUACGACAAAGUUGACAAGGAGGCAAUAAAUAAAAUGUCAUGUUUAAGAGUAUCAUGGUCAAAAGAUGAAGAUCGAAUGUUAAAAAUAUGUCGGGCAGUUUAUAUAUAUUUGAGUGGAUAUAUAUCACAAUUACAACGAGCUAUUAAUUCAUAUAUUUUUCGAGACAUCUUGCAUUGGCACUUAAAUUCUAUAAAUAAAACUUCAAGGGCCUGCCAACGUCGUUUACGCUAUAUAUUACGGCACAGACCAUCAUCAGAUGUAAUGACAUGGGUGCACGAAUUAAAGCAAAAUUCUGAGAUAUCUAAGCGUUUCGGAGUUAAUGUUCUUAUUAAUUUACGUGAUAUGUAUAAAAAUGAUGCCCAGUUUAUUAAUAUAUUGAAAGUACUUUAUAUUAAGAUGGUUUAUUAUUUAAAUCAAAUUAUACAAAACUUAAAUGAAGUCAUAGAAUCAAAGAGUUUGUUACCAGACUCUUUGAAUCAUUUUAAUUCAAUGUAUAAUGAAAUUGAAACCCCGGUUCCUGUUAAUGAUAUAGCUCAGAUUAGAGAUUUUUCACUUAAACAUUUGGAUCCCCAAAAUAUAGAGGAUAUAGAAAUUUCAACAAUAAAUUCUUUAAUGCAUAGUACUCUAUGUUGUACUCGAGAUAAAACAUUAUACAAUAUUCAAAUAUUUGAAGUUUAUAAAAAAUUUAAGGAAGAUGUUUUAGCUAAAGCAUACAAGAAAGCUCGUGAUGACAAUUUAGUUGUUCAAUUGAAAUUCAAAUCUGGGGCAUCAGGAUCGAAGUUAGUACCGAUUUCUGGUUCAUCUCUGAUUUUAUCUGUAAAAUAUAAACAACAAUUAUAUUUAGACAUACCUUAUGAAGCAAUAAGCUUAUGUUACCAGCAAUUUGAAUCAUCAUUGCAAAACUUCUUUGUCGUCACACCAACUCCGUUUAUUUUAAAAACCGUUGAUGCUGGUGGAUUCUAUCAUUUAAUAGAACUAUUAGCGUCAAAUCAAGUAAAUAUUGAAAUACAAAUGCCACAAAAGAUUUUGACAAUUGAUCCAAACCAUAGUCCAUCAUUUGAAGAGGAAACGGAACGCAUCAUGGACCAUUUUCAUUCUUUGCUUGAUAGUGCACCAAAAACUCAAUACGUGAAAUAUUUUGAAGAAGAAAAUAAUCAAAAUGCAUCUGGCUCACGUAUUAAAUUUAAUAAAGCAAAUGAAAACUAUAAAAUAAUAUAUAAUCCUUAUGAUGUAUUAGCAAAAUUGCCAGAUAAUUAUUAUCAUUUCUUCUGUGCCCUUGAUAAUUUAAAUAAAAUUAUUGAUUUAGAUUUUUCUAGAUUUAAUAUGGAUACUUUUUGUCCAUUUAAUUGUAUAUUAAAGUAUCCAGAUUUGUUUGUUAACAUUGAACGUAUUGUAAAUGAACGUAAGCAUAUAAUUGAAGAAUUAAUUUAUAAUUCAGAUAUUGAAGAUAUAAUAGAAAGUAUAGUUAUUUUAAAUCAAAAAAACAUAAUGCAAGUUUUUGAACGAUUGCAAAAGGUUUUAAGAGAACGUAAUUUGAGUAAUGAUCAAAAAGAUUUCGGUAAACCAAAAAUUAAUCAAAAUAAAGCAAAUGUAUUAACAUUGUCAAAAGAAAUUUUGGAUUAUACAGAUAUUGAUUUAGAGAAUAAAUUGGAGUUUGAAUCGAGUAUGAUUAAAGAAGAUAAAAAUAAAUCUCAAGAUGUUUAUGUUGUUAAUUUACCGACCUUAAAACUUAAAUAUAAUGAACACAAAGAAAUUGACAAGGAUUAUGUUAUAUAUAACGAUUUAACAGUGCCUAAGCAAAUAGUGAAAAACGCUAUUUACAGGGAUGAAAUACUGAAGAAAGUACUGUCAUUUUCGCAUUGGUGUCAUAAUGGAAAUAUUAAACAAUUUUUUCAAAGUGCAACAUUUAAAAGAUUGUCUUCUAGAGAGCAAAUUUUUACUGAAAAUUUAUUGAAUUAUUUGGAAAAGUUUGAAGUGGGUGUUAAAGCUUAUGAUUUGUUGGAACAUUUUAAAGAUGAAAACAUGCUAGUAAAAAUUGUUUCAAUAUUACGAAAAAAUUUUCUUGUUAUGCGGGUGGGAGUAGAAAAUUUUAUUUACGUUCACAAAAAUCAUGUUGCUCCUUGGAUUGUAAAUUCCUACAAUAUAAAAAGACUGGAUAAAGAAUUUUUACAAGAUUCGGAAGUUAUAAUAAAACGUCCCCAUAGUUCAAAUGAUAUAGACGAACCACCAAUAAAAAAAGAGAUAAUAGAGAAUGAUGAUUGUAAAAGAUUGCCGAAACCCAUUUAUCCCUACCAAGCUGACGACUCCAGUGUUAAAAUAAAAGAAGUUACCGUAAAAGAAAAAGAAAAUAUAAUCAUUAGACCAUAUCCAUGGAUUCGAGUAAAUGGUUCAUUGAAUCGUCGCGUUUUGGAUAAAUGGAUUGGUGUUAUUUUAACAGACUGUCUAACAAAUACUGGACAAACUAUAUUGACUAUAUGUCAAAAAUUUAAUCAAUUACAUCCAAUGAACUUAAGAUGUUUGUUAGAAAUUCUUGAAGAUUUAAAUUGUAUCAAAUUAAAAGUAUUGAGGAAACACGUUAAAGUUACAUUGUUCUCUAGUUACGAGGAUAUUUUAGUUGAAGAAGAAGAUGCAACGGAAUUUUCUAGAAUAGAAGAAACUUUCAUUACUACUUUACCAAAUGCUAUGAUAAAUUUAAGUAUUUUUAUUGGUGAAAAAAAAUAUGGAAUUGAUUUUGUUUAAUUGUUAAAAGCUCGACAAAAAUUAUUGUGUAGUUUUUUUUAAUUUCUACUGUAUGUAUAAUGAUUUUAUGUAAUAUUAAAUUAUUAAAUUGCAUAAAAUUUUAAUUUUUAUAUAUGUAUGUAUGUAUUUAAAAAUGA